AUGAAAUGCAAGAAAAGGGGGAAGUGGAAUUGGCUGUCUUUGGGUGGAGGAGUCCACAGGGAGAGAAGUGGCUCCACGCCUAACCGCUUCUCAUGCUGUGAACGAGGAAAAAAUUCGUUUUAUAUGGUCACUCUUUUGUUCACCACGGCCACGGCCACGGCCACUGUUAGUACAGCCUUACGGCAGUACAAAAGGGAAAUUACUGUCCACAAGAAAGUAGCUAUUACAUGUGAUUUGGAACAUUUACAACCGGUACGGGGAAACCGGAAAUUACGUUUCACAAGUAAGUAG